AUGGACUCGCGGGUAUCGGAGCUGUUCGGCGGCUGCUGCCGGCCCGGAGGGGGCCCGGCCGUAGGCGGAACCCUCAAGGCUAGAGGAGCCGGCGGCAGCAGCGUCUGCGGGGGCCCGAAGGGGAAGAAGAAGAACGGAAGGAACAGAGGAGGCAAAGCCAACAAUCCUCCGUACCUGCCCCCCGAGGCGGAAGAUGGAAACAUCGAAUAUAAACUGAAGCUGGUGAAUCCAUCCCAGUACCGCUUUGAGCACCUGGUGACACAGAUGAAGUGGCGGCUCCAGGAGGGCCGCGGUGAGGCGGUCUACCAGAUUGGGGUGGAGGACAACGGGCUGCUGGUGGGGCUGGCGGAGGAAGAGAUGCGGGCCUCCCUCAAGACCUUGCACCGGAUGGCAGAGAAGGUUGGGGCAGACAUCACAGUUCUGCGGGAGCGAGAAGUAGAUUAUGACAGCGACGUGCCCCGGAAGAUCACCGAGGUGCUGGUGCGAAAGGUGCCUGACAAUCAACAGUUUCUGGACCUCCGCGUGGCCGUCCUAGGGAAUGUGGACUCAGGGAAGUCAACUCUGCUUGGCGUCUUGACCCAAGGAGAGCUGGACAAUGGACGGGGCCGGGCUCGCCUCAACCUUUUCCGACACCUACAUGAGAUUCAGUCUGGCCGAACUUCGAGCAUCAGCUUCGAGAUCUUGGGCUUUAACAGCAAGGGAGAGGUGGUGAAUUACAGCGACUCCCGGACGGCGGAGGAGAUCUGCGAGAGCAGCUCCAAGAUGAUCACCUUCAUCGACCUAGCAGGCCACCACAAGUACCUGCACACCACCAUCUUUGGCCUCACCUCGUACUGCCCUGACUGUGCCCUUCUCCUCGUCAGUGCCAACACUGGGAUUGCCGGCACCACACGGGAACAUCUGGGGCUGGCCCUGGCCCUGAAAGUGCCAUUCUUCGUCGUGGUCAGCAAGGUAGAUCUGUGUGCCAAGACCACAGUAGAGAGGACAGUACGCCAGCUGGAGCGGGUCCUCAAACAGCCUGGCUGCCACAAGGUCCCCAUGCUGGUCACUUCCGAGGAUGAUGCUGUCACUGCUGCCCAACAGUUUGCCCAGUCACCAAAUGUCACCCCUAUCUUCACACUAUCCAGUGUAUCUGGAGAAAGUCUGGACCUGCUCAAAGUCUUCUUGAACAUCCUGCCCCCACUCACCAACAGCAAAGAGCAGGAGGAGCUCAUGCAGCAGCUGACAGAGUUCCAGGUGGAUGAAAUCUACACAGUACCAGAAGUGGGGACUGUUGUCGGUGGGACACUUUCCAGUGGGAUUUGCCGUGAAGGGGACCAGCUGGUGGUGGGCCCCACAGACGAUGGCUGCUUCCUCGAGCUGAGAGUAUGCAGCAUUCAGCGCAACCGCUCUGCCUGUCGCGUGCUGCGAGCUGGUCAGGCUGCAACGUUGGCUCUUGGGGACUUUGACCGUGCUUUGCUUCGAAAGGGCAUGGUAAUGGUGAGUCCCGAGAUGAAUCCCACCAUCUGCUCAGUGUUUGAGGCAGAAAUAGUCCUGCUGUUCCAUGCCACCACCUUUCGGCGAGGUUUCCAGGUAACAGUACACGUCGGCAACGUCCGCCAGACAGCAGUGGUGGAGAAGAUUCAUGCCAAGGACAAGCUACGGACAGGGGAGAAGGCAGUGGUACGUUUCCGCUUCCUGAAACACCCAGAGUACCUGAAGGUGGGCGCCAAGCUGCUGUUCCGGGAGGGUGUCACCAAGGGCAUCGGCCAUGUCACUGAUGUGCAAGCCAUUGCAGCUGGUGAGGCCCAGGCUAACAUGGGCUUCUGAGCACCCCAGUGUAGGGACAGAUGUGGCCGUCCCCACAAUACACAAGUUGACUUCUGGCCAUGCUGCCCUCUGCUGGCGGCUUUGUGUGUUAAUAGGCUAGGGGGAGAGAGGGGCUCUUUGCCCCCUGUACCCUACCACCUGCCAGGAGAGGUGCCAAGCUUAGUGUGGCCAGGGGAGGGGCAGUGCUGAGGGAGAAGGAAGGAGCAUUCAGGGCAGUGCUCAACAGCUGUGCGCCCACCUAACCGACUCAUCGACCAGGAUGACUCCGUAGCCUGUCUGCUGGAUGGAGCUGUGGCCAUCUUGGCCCCACUAUUAGGACUUGAGC